GGAUUCUGGGCUACGCUUAGAGCCAGGCUGUUGCUGAGCACCCAGGAGAGAGAGAAGCAGCGAGAAACAGCCAAGAGUUGGUGCCAGACCAAGAGAACCCUGAGCAAGAGUUGGAGUCGAAGUCGCUUUUGCUAAAGGAGCAGCAACUAAAGAAGUUAAAAUGAUGCUGCUUAUCUUGGGACUGCUCACCUCCUUCCUUUCUUUCCUGUAUUUGACAGCUCCAACCAUCAGGAAGUUUUUUGCUGGCGGGGUUUGCAGAACAAACAUGCAGCUUCCUGGGAAGGUGGUGGUGAUCACUGGCGCCAACACGGGCAUCGGCAAGGAGACGGCCAGAGAGCUCGCUCGCAGAGGAGCCCGAGUAUACAUUGCCUGCCGAGAUGUUCUGAAGGGGGAGUCUGCUGCCAGUGAAAUCCGAGCCGAUGCAAAGAACUCCCAGGUGCUGGUGCGGAAACUGGACCUAUCUGAUACCAAAUCCAUCCGAGCCUUUGCUGAGGGCUUUCUGGCAGAGGAAAAGCAGCUCCACAUUCUGAUCAACAAUGCAGGAGUGAUGAUGUGUCCAUAUUCCAAGACAGCUGAUGGCUUUGAAACCCACCUGGGAGUCAACCACCUGGGCCACUUCCUUCUCACUCACUUGCUCCUGGAGCAGCUGAAGAAGUCCGCUCCUGCACGAGUGGUCAACUUGUCAUCAGUGGUCCACCACGCUGGCAAGAUUCGCUUUCACGACCUCCAGGGUGAGAAGUACUACAACCGGGGUUUUGCUUACUGCCACAGCAAGCUGGCCAAUGUGCUCUUUACUCGUGAGCUGGCCAAGAGACUCCAAGGCACUGGGGUCACCACCUACGCGGUGCACCCGGGCGUCGUCCGCUCCGAGCUGGUCCGCCACUCCUUCCUGCUGUGCCUGCUCUGGCAGCUCUUCUCCCCGUUCCUUAAGUCGGCGCGGGAGGGGGCCCAGACGAGCCUGCACUGCGCCCUGGCUGAGGGCCUGGAGCCCCUGAGCGGCAAGUACUUCAGUGACUGCAGGAGGACUUGUGUGUCUCCCAAGGCCAGGAACAACAAAACGGCUGAGCGCUUGUGGACUGUCAGCUGUGAGCUUCUGGGAAUCCAGUGGGAGUAGAGCUGGUGAAGGAGCCGCAGCUGUGUCAAGCGCAGUCCACACCACAGGGAAAGCAGCCCGAGGAGAGGGCCCGCCCCGAAGGACUGACCUCCUGGCUGGCUGCUAUUGCGAAUCCUGCCCUGCUCUGAUUCUCCUGACCCUUCUGGAAACCUUCACACACCCAGCCCUCUUGUGACUGACUCAUGGCAUGAGAUGUUCACACCAACAAAGCCUUCUCCAAUACUUGUAGUCAGCCACCCUUUCAGGACAGAGGACUGGGCAGAUGCCAGGCUGGGUACAGGGAUGGCAGAAGAACCUGGGAAAUUGGGUCCAUUUCCUCAUCAAUACCAGAAACGCCAGCCAGCAUGCUAGGCUGAGGUGACAGGAGCAUUGAUGUUACGUAUUUCCAGGGACUGUAGACUCCAACUCUUGACUGAUCUCUUUCCUCUUUGAAAUAUUAGUCUGGAAUCUGGACCAACUCAGGAAAAUCUUGGCUUCACCUUGGCCAAGUUUGCUUCCUUCCUCUGAGCAUCCUGGAGCCACUGCGUGAAGCUGGACCUUCCUGUUUUCUUUUUCCAGUACGUUUCUAAAAAUUAAAAAAAAAUUUCAGCAUUUCUGGGAUAUAAUUGACAUAUAACAUUGUAUGAGUUUAGACCUUCCCCUUUUCAAUCAUGUAGAUGUUUUCUUCUUCUAAAGUGUCCCCUCAUUUUAAUUUUUAGGAAAAAAAAAGACUGCACAUUC